AUGAAAAAUAGAGUUCCUUUGAGAGAAUAAAAGCCAUUUGGUCACCUUUAAUAAAAAUAAGAUAUUAAAGAAGAAAAAGGACCAGCAAAUUUCGUUGUUCCUGUUUAAACAACAAAUAAAAGAAAAUCAAAUUUACUUAAUAAUAAAGCAUUUAUAGCAGCAAUUAAGAAAGCUUGGCAAACAGGAAAUCUAGCCUUAGUGCAUUAUGAUUUAUAAGAUUUUCCAGAUGAAAUAAUUAAUAUUGACACAAUAAAUUUAGAGGGAGAAGAAUGGUGGUAAAAAUGUCCUUUAACUAAAUUGGAUUUAACCAAUAAUAGCAUUCAAGAAAUACCACUUUAUGAUACGUAUAUUUCAUAUGAAUACUUAGAUUAUAAGAUUUAUAAGUAUUGAGAUUAGGAAACAAUAAAAUUAGCAGAUUUCAUUUUGAUUUGACUUAGCAAUUUUUAAAUUUGAAAUCAUUAACACUUCAAAAUAAUCAAUUAGUAGAAUUUUCUUGUCGACUUGAUUCUAUAGUUGAAUUGAAUUUAGCUGAUAAUAAACUAACUGGAAUUGAUAAUCUCUAUUUUCCAAAUUUAGAAUUACUUGAUAUUUCCAAUAAUUAAUUUUAGCAACUUCCAUCUUAUCUACCUCCUUUAAUUAAAAAGAUAUGUGCUAUUGGAAAUAAAAUACAAACAAUUAAACAAUUAGAUUUAAUAGAGUGUAAGAAAUUAGAAGAUAUAUAAUUAUCUAAGAAUUUAAUUACUUUUAUAGAAGAGGGAUCAUUUCAUAAUCUUAUUUAAUUAAAAAUAUUAGAUUUAAAAGAAAAUAAACUUAAAUAUUUUACUCAAGAAUUACUUGGAAUUAAUCAUGAAUGUUUAGAUUCAAUUCAAUUAUCUUUCAAUUAAUUAGAAGUAUAUAAUUGUUAUGAAGGAAUUUAAAAUUUAUCUGUACUUUUAUUAAAUAAUAAUAAAAUAAAAGAAUUGCAUUAAGAAAUUAUUAAUUUAAAAAACUUAAAGACUCUUGAUAUAUCAAAUAAUGAUUUAGGAGAUUUACCGUCAUAAUUAGGAUUUUUAACUUAAUUAGUAAGAAUAUAAUUAGAAGGCAAUCCAUUAAAAUGUAUCAGAUCUAAUAUUAGAAGUGCAGGAGCUCUUUAAUUAAAAAAAUAUCUUUAAUAAAGGACUGAAGAUGCAGCUAAAUUAGAAAUUUAAGCAGAUCCAAAAUUAAAAUAAUAGUUAUAUUAAACUAAUAAUAUAUGGGAAGAAUAUUUAAGAAAUUUCUUACAUAAAGAUGAAUUAGCUAUAAGAUAAAAAAAUAUAAAUCAAAUAGAUAAUUGUGUAUUUAGAUUAACUAAUUUGAUUAUUAUUGAUUUUUCAUAAAAUAACAUUGAAGUUAUACCAGAUUAAAUACAAUAAUUAUAAAAUCUUAAAAAAGUUAGUUUUAAUGAAAAUAAGAUUUCUAAGAUUUCAUUAUAUUUGUUUAAUUUAAGAGAUUUAGUUGAAUUAGAAUUGAGAUAAAAUAAAAUUUAAUAAUUACCUUCAAAAGAAUAAGUAUAUUUACCAAAUUGUAUAUAUUUUACUUUAUUUUUUAGUAAUUCAUCUUGAUUUAGGUAAGAAUUAACUUUAACAGAUUCCUAAAUUUAUACCUGAUUUAUUAAAACUCAGAAGAUUGUUAUUAGCUUAUAAUUAAAUAGAUUCAAUAUAGAGUUUAUUAUAAAAGGAAUCAAUUAUAGAAGUACUUGAUAUUAGUAGCAAUUCAAUAGAUUAAUUGAGUGAUGUAAAGAAUUAUUUUAGGAAUAUAGGAUAUCUAUUUUAAAAUGCCUAAUUUACAGCAUUUAAAUUUAUAAAAUAAUAAUAUGAGAACAUUUCCUACAAUUUUAGGUUUCAUGUCUUUAAAAACAUUAUAAAUUGAUGGGAAUCCAACAAAAUUAAUUAGUAGAUAAAUAAUAGAUAAAGGGACUGUUCAUAUUUUAGAUUAUUUGGCGAAAAAACAUCCAUUAAAUUAGAUUCCUCCUAAGAUUUAACCUAUAUUAGUAGAUGAUUAAAUAUAGGAUAAUUAAUCUUAAAUGUCUUAAUAAUUGAAUACAAAAUAGAGAUAAAUAAAUUAAAGUGGUAAAUCAUCAAUAUCUUCAUAAAUGCUUGUAGAGGAAACAAGAUAAUAAAGAUAAUAAUAUUAAUAAUAUUAAUAAUAAUAAAUAAUAUAGGAAUAACCAUAAUAAUUUUAAUCUUAAUAAUAAUAAUAAUAAUAUGCAGAUGUAGGAUAGUUGAGAAUUGAAUUAUAGAAUUUAGAUUUUUAAAUUAGGUAUAAGAAAUAAAUAUAAAAUUGUUAGAUAAUUGGAGAGAGAAUUAAAUGAAAACUUUUCACUAAAUAAGUUUUAAAUUUAAGAGAAAAGAAAAUAUUUAUAGUCAAUUAUGUUGUAAAGAUCUGCUAUAAUAUAAUAAAUAAAUGGUUAUUGA